AGCGGUAUAUGUCAAGGUUACGAUUUCUUCCUAAUAGUAGCGUUCAUAGUCACCAGGUGGAAUUCGUGGACGGGAGAACAUGAAAAUAUUCAGGAAUUGCGCAAUGUAGGCGUUAUCCGGGUGGAUCCAAUUCGAUGACCACGCCCGCUUUAGGCCAACAAACUCUAGUAGAAUUGUGAACCUUCGUGAGGCGACCUCGUUUCGAGAUACGUCGGUCGUUCCCGACAAAAAUUCUCAUGCACAAGCGAGAGAACACUUUACGGAGUUCAGUCGAGUGAGAGUUUAUUAGGAUGGAUAUUUGUAUAGGUUACCGGUCGAUCACACGGUUGUGUCUAUGUGGCACAUACAACGGACAAAUAAUAUAGUGCUUUGAAAAAUUAAAAUGUGAGAUUGUGAGAAAUAGAAGUGAUGUGUGCUUAGAGCAGCGGGAAGGAAUGUGCGUGAGAGGGUGAAUAGAAUGAACAGCGGGCCCUUGCCCCCGGUACCGGAUCUUAUUCCUAUAUCGGCGCUUCGCAAGCGACCACCCUCGAAUAAUAACAGUGACGUGAAUUCGGACGGGGGUCCUCUAGAGUGUGCCCCUUGUGCGUCAAACCGUUCGGAGGUUAUGGGAGAACAGCGCCCUCGACGGCGGUCGGCAAACCAACCUGCCGUCGAACUAAUCGAUAAUACAGGGUCACGUGGUUUGAGCGCCGCCCCACAGGCACCGCUCUCCCGGAAAGUUAGGCCAGAGCGUCAUCGUAAAUCAGACAGACGACGCGAUCGACGCAAAGUUAACAGGACUCGUUCGUGUAGUAAACAUACCAAGCCCCGGGAAGCGAAUAGUUCGACUUCGGUUCCUCAUAAUCCGCGCGUAAAUCCGAUUUUUGUGUGGGUCCGGCAAGAAGAUACACGCAUCGUGGACGUGAAAUGCGAGGAUUACGACAAAAGGAACCGGAUCCUUCUUACGAAAACAGCGCAGGGCUGGCGUGCCAUUCCACGCACCGAAACCCUCGUGCCAACCCUGAAGGAGGCGGUUAGCAAAGAACAACAUCACCACCAUCAUCAUCAUCAUCAUCACCAUCACAAAAAUAAAAAAUCUCGCAAGAGUAAAGUUCGACGACGUUCUACGGGAGUUCAAGUUAGUUCAGACAUCGAACAAGAUUAUGAAGAUCAACAGCAAGACGACAUACAAACGGAAAGGAAAUGCGACGAGGAAAACGAAAUUAUCGCAUCGCCACCGUGGAUGUCUAGUGAUAAUAUUAAUGUGGAAUCUCUUUUACCGUCCCAUACAAUACAAAUCAAGAGGUCAACAAGCUCCCCCGAACAAAACUCUAAUGUAUCGGAUGUGAAUGUAAACAGUGCCGUAAGCGAAUGCGCGCAAUCUCCCAAUAUCAAGUGCAGUGCCGAUAAAAUAUGUGACGUCAGUCCAUUAGAUAAUUUACUAGCCGUUGCUGAAUUAGAAUUUAAACAACAACAGAUUCAAUCAGAAGAAUGGAAUAAAACACCAAACGAAGACGCGAUAGUAACGUUUAAUAAUUUCAGUCAAUCCGAAGAAGAUAAGGAAUUCAUAAAAAAUUUGGAAACGUUAAAUAACCUCAUCGAUUCGGAAAAAUCUAAAUUGGAAUUGUCGAAAGGUGACGAAUCUACGGAAACCAAAUCGGAAGAAUGUGAUUACAACGACGACGACGACAACAACAUAGCCAUGGAUGAUAUACUUUCUAGGUUAGAACAAUCUUUGAGGAGCCCCGAAAACUCCACUUCGAAUCACGAAGCUAAAAAUAAAAUCGAAGAAAUCAUAAAAGAAGUUCAAUCUGAAAACGAACUCAAAUCGGUGGAAAAUUUCGAAAAUUUUUUCGAAGAACCCAAUCCGAAAAACGAACAACACGAAAAAAUUGAUAACGAAACCGAAGAAGAUAAACAGGAAGCGAACGAAUUGAUAAAUUUAGUGGAAUCUUCGACUAACGACGAAGAAGAAGAAGAAGAAGAAGAAGAGGAAAUUCCUAAAGAUUUAUCAAUGAAAAAUAAUGAAUGUACGGAUACCGUCGAAGAACCAACCGAUUUAACUGUUCCUAAACAACUCGUAAGUCCUAGACCUCCCUCACAAAAUUCAGAAGCUAUUCAAUCUCCACAACCUAGUGGAAUACCAGCAGUUCCACAAUCACCCGAUAUCGUAUCAACAACAGUUAACGUAAGUAACAAACCUAAAUUUUUAGAAUCGCUGUUGAUUAAUAAUAAUACGAAAAAUAUAGAAGUAACGAUAACUCCUCAAAGGGAACCGUUAGAUUUGGGCAAAUGUCGAAAAUCUGCCAGUCCUACAGUUACAUGCUCCGAGGAAAUCAAUAAUUCCAAAACGGAAACGGAACCGCCGACAAAAAAAAUCAAAUCUAACGAUAUCACAUUAAAAACCUUAUUAGACGCAGAUAUCAAAAAAACUAAUCUAGAAAACACACAAAACGAAAAAAAUUUUACCAUAGAAACUCCCAAGCUUUUAGAAUUAUUACAAAACGACGCGGAUAUAGAUCCAUUAAUACAAUUAAAACAAUUACUAUCAGAUCCUACGAUAGAUAUACCAGAUCCGUUGUUAGUACCAAAAGAGAAAUUUAGUCAAAUUUUAAUUCAUCCGGGUACCGAAAUUCCGCGACUACUUAAAGAACGACCAGAACUUCGUUUACCGCAAGCUUUAGCUUUUCCACAUAUAAUGCAAGAUCCUAACAUGCUGGUAAUUAAUAUACAUCAUUUAGAAUCUAUUUUAGGCAACAAAAAUACAAUACAAGUAGAAAAUAAUCAUAAAUUUAGUGGGGAGAUUAGAAAACAAGAUAAAACCGAAAAAUCAUCUACAGAUACCAAUCAACAUGGUUCGAAAAAGAAACAAUCUAACGAGAACGUUCAAAAAACAUUCAACGAAUUAGCCAAUGACAUAAAUUCAGCUACUCAAGCUGCUUUUAACCAAAUGUCUUGGUUUCCAUAUAUGAACCAUUUAGAAGCAAUGGCUCUAUCAAACAAUCAAGAUUUUAUGAAAAUGUUGAACUCUGUACAUUUACCUUUUUACAUGAAUCAAAUGCCAGAAUUAUUAUCAGGUAUAAGACCACCUUUAUCCCCGAUGGGAUUCCCAAUGCCUCCACAUAUAAAUUACGGAAAUCCUAUGGAAUUUAAUAUGUGGCAAGAAGCCAUGUUACAAGCGCAAUUACUAAGAAAUAAAACUGCGGAGAACGCCAAUGAACAAAACGCUUUCAAAAACUAUUUAGAAAAAUCAAAUUCGCAAAUUAACAGAAGCUCGAGGUUACAGUCGUCGAAUAAACAUCAGAGUUAUCCGAAUCAGUAUUACAAAAAUGACCAAAACGCAUUCCAAAAUCCUUACGGGAAUUUUAAUUCCUAUCAAACAAAAUCUUCACAUCCGAAACACGUCCAGAAACACGCGUCUAAAAAUUUUCCAUCGCAUCAAAAUUUCGCAAAUUUUUAUUCCCAAAUGUCGGAAAAGAAUCAAUACGCCCAAAAUUUGAAUUCGCAAGAUCAUCUCCAUCAAAACUUUCAACAUUUUAUGCGAAAAGAGACGAACGUAGUACAAAAACAAAAAACGCCUUGUAAAACGUUCACAAAGUCGUCUACACAUCAGGAGCAUCACAAAGAAAGAGGACAUCCAAGCGGAAGUGAUCAGGGUAAACUACCAGCGAGUCAACCUAUUGAUCUAUCCGGUUCAGCGACGUCUGGCGGUAAGCUCAAGGUUAAACAACAUCUCAUCGAUACUGUGAAUACUCCGAAGUUGCUGAAACAACACGACGACGUCCCCGAAGUUGGAAGUACCACGGCGAGUAUAGAAGAAAUGCAAGACGCUCACAAACACUUAUGGCAUCCCUUAUUUGGAAACCAAAAAGGAUACACGAGCCCUUGGAAUUGGACAACAGUGACCGCUACUGGAGAAUAACACAGGCCUCAACCUCCACAUCAGAACUGGAGGUCGAAUUCUUCAUACCAAUACCAUCAAGGUGUCAAUAACUUAGAUGCCUCUUUCACAGGGUUAGACUUUGACUUAUUUUCAAAGUAAGAAAUACACAAUUAUUAGGAAA